GAAAUAAGGUGGCUUAACAUCUAUCAACACAUUGUUUCUCACCAGGGAGUCCCCGAACAAUCAAGCAGUGUAUGUGUGUGUGUGCGUGUGUGUGUAUGUCUAUGUGAGCGCUGUCCAUGUGCACAAGUUGUGUAAGCUUAUUAGCAGCACCACUGGUCAGAAGAGGAGAUUGAGGUUAGUCUAAGCCCUAAUCCUCGUGGACCGUAUGUUUGUUACCCAGCAAGCACGACAAAAUCCUGGCUCCGCCCCGCCAAGAAAGACACACAGACGCACACGCAGACACACAUCACUACAACACACACUUUCCCUGCCUCCUUGUUUACUGCUCAGCUCCCCAUCUCAACUCUUCCUGUCUCCGUCUCGCUCUCUCAGCAGGAGGCCAGAAGAAGAGGAGGAGGGGGAGGAGGUGGUGCGCACUGUUGAGUAGUUUCCCAGUCGUCAUGACGACCUCACACCCCACCAUCUCCGGAGCUGUCUUCCUGUUGCUACGGUGACCUGAUCCUGUUCCAUCUCUGCUCCUCUUGAUGAUCCGGAUUGGGCUGAUAAAGGAGAGCGACCCUAAAGCGCCGUCUCCUUUCUUUGAAAACAGCUUGUGGAUGGGACGGCAAAUCACACGCAGGGACAACGAUCGGAGGACAGGAAGGCGCGGCGUGCUGGGAAUGCUGUGGGAGUAACGCCGGAUAGUUGCCUGGAAACAGCAGCAUGCCAGUACAACAGAUAACUGUGGUGCCAGCCAGGGACACAGCCAGCAACGGCAAGAGUGCCCCUCGCUCCAAAGACAAAAACGAGGGAAGGAAGGCCCCAGGGCGCUCGGGGAGUCGAUCCAGCAACAUCUCCAAGGCCAGCAACUCUACAACAGGACUAACUACAGCCUCAAGGACAUCAAUCACUCCGUCUUCUCAGGACAUAUGCAGCUCUGGCCAUCUGACCCGUUUAGAGGAGGAUGCUUCUGAAUCACACAAACACAACAAGCACAAACACACGUCUGCAAUGACAGUCGCCAGCACUGCUCUGGGCUCAUCAGCUCAGGCCCAGAAGAAGCAAGUAAAGCGUCGUCACCGGCGCAAGAGGAGCAGCUGCACCGCCUUCGACUGCGUGGAAACCAACGGCAAACAGGAGCAAACUGACCGCAGCGACCGCAGCCUCAGCUCUGACCGCAGUGAGAGGGGGGAGAAGAGGGAGCAGUCUUUUAAGAACCGAAAGGAACUCCCACCUCGCCUCCGCUGCUCAGGUGCACCACAAUCUGACUCCACCUCUGAGGAAGAGGCAUGGCGUGAAGCCCGCAGCUGGAGCAAAGAGAAAGCCAGAAGAGCACGCCGCCGCAGUGGAAGCAGUCGUGAGAGGGAUGGGCCGAACAGGGGUAAAGGACGUGAAGACAAAACAGAUAUCAUGGAGCUGCAGUCAGUGGGCUCCGAUGAAGGGAGGGAGAACCAGCCUCUGGUGGAGGACAGCGGAGGGCUUAAGAAGCGGCACAGCAGCCGGAGCUCGACAAAGAGGGAUGGCCAUGUUUCACAGAGGGAAGGCUCACAAAGCAGAGACAGGGAGAAGAGCUACAAGUCACGCAGCCCAGGAGGCAGCUCCUCACUGGCAGAGGAUGGCGAGGAGCUCAUUACCAAGAGAUACCAGGAAAAGGGGUCAGGGGGUGGAGACAUGUCAGUGCCCACACUACAGAAACACUGCGGUGUGAAUGGAGGCACACCGAGGCCCUGCUCUGAAGACUCUGAGCUGGAGGUCUGCAGGAUCUGCCACUGUGAGGGGGAUGACGAGUGCCCGUUGAUAAUGCCUUGUCGCUGCACAGGGAGCCUGAGUUUUGUCCACCAAGCUUGUCUCAACCAGUGGAUCAAAUCUUCAGACACUCGCUGCUGUGAACUGUGCAAGUUUGACUUUGUUAUGGAGACAAAGCUCAAACCUUUACGCAAGUGGGAGAAACUACACAUGUCGAAGAGUGAGAGGAGAAAGAUCUUCUGUUCAGUGUUGUUUCACCUGAUAGCAAUAGUGUGUAUGUUGUGGUCAGUCUACAUUCUGGUCAAGAGAACUGCUGAAGAGAUCAGACUUGGGAAGAACGGUGUGCUGGAGUGGCCCUUCUGGACCAAACUGAUUGUGGUGGCCAUAGGCUUCACAGGUGGCCUCAUCUUCAUGUAUAUUCAGUGUAAAGUGUACCUGCAGCUGUGGCGCCGCCUCAAGGCUUUCAACCGCAUCAUCACAGUGCAGAACUGCCCCGAGAAAGACCUGCACAACUCUCAGGCCCAGUCUGGUGCCCUCACCAAUGGCAGGCAUGAAACUGUGGAGGUCCCAGUCAGCCCGGCCCCCGCCCUGGCUCCAGAGGCACAGAUGGACUCGGAUAUGUCAGUGGAGGCGGCGGUGGCGCCAGCACAGAACCCUGUCUGAUUCUCCUCCUGCUCAGAUAUCCCAUCCUUCAGUGAUCACAGAAAACUGAAAGGCUGAAGCGCUGAAGUGAAGUGAAUGUGCACAGAAGAAUGGGGCAAGUCAUAAAAGGGAGGUGAGGCGAUAUAAUGGAAAAUAAAGCCAUCAGCAAGAAAAGCAUGUAAAGACUGUCGUUACGUGGUAUGUUGACACUAUU